AUGACAAGAUAUGAGAAAAAACAACAAUUAGGAGAAGGAACAUAUGGUGUUGUUUGUAAAGCAUGGGACACAGUCUGUAAUAGAUAUGUUGCACUUAAAAAAAUAAAACAAGAACGAGAGGAUGAUGGUAUUCCAGUUACAUCAGUAAGAGAAAUAGCUGUAUUACUUGAACUGAAACAUCCUAAUGUAGUAGAUUUAUAUGACAUUUACUUAGAAGAUAAAUUCUUGUAUUUAGUAUUUGAAUUUUGUGAUGAAGAUUUAUAUCAGUUUAUGUCGAGGUCUUCAAAAAUUCCAAUUAAUGAAACAAGAUCAAUUGUAUAUCAAAUACUUCAAGGACUUGCUUUUUGCCAUUAUCAUCAAAUACUUCACAGAGAUAUGAAACCACAAAAUAUCUUAAUUAAUAAAAAUGGAACAAUUAAAUUAGGUGAUUUUGGUCUUGCAAGACUUACAACAAUAAAUGAUCGUAAGUAUACUUCUGAAGUUGUUACAUUAUGGUACCGUGCACCAGAGAUUCUUCUUGGGGCAACUCAAUAUGGAGGUGCAAUAGAUAUAUGGUCUACUGCAGCUAUCUUUGGAGAAUUAAUUAAUAAAGAAGAAUUGUUUAAAGGGAGAUGUAAAAUUGAUCAAUUAUUUAAAAUCUUCUCUCAAUUAGGAACUCCAACUGAAGACAUUUGGAAUGGUGUCACUAAACUCCCUUUUUACCUUUCUACUUUCCCUAAAUGGAAAGCAAAAGAUCUUCAUACAAUUUUUCAUACAGAUGAACGUGCAGUUGAUCUUUUACAAAAAAUGUUUAUCUACACUCCUGAAAAAAGAAUUUCUGCUGCUGAUGCUUUAAAACAUCCAUUCUUUGAUCCUUUAAAUAAACCAAAUAAUUAA